CAACAGCCCCCGCAGGCUGUUCCUGCGUCAGCAACAGCCCCCGCAGGCUGUUCCUGCGUCAGCAACAGCCCCCGCAGGCUGUUCCUGCGUCAGCAACAGCCCCCGCAGGCUGUUCCUGCGUCAGCAACAGCCCCCGCAGGCUGUUCCUGCGUCAGCAACAGCCCCCGCAGGCUGUUCCUGCGUCAGCAACAGCCCCCGCAGGCUGUUCCUGCGUCAGCAACAGCCCCCGCAGGCUGUUCCUGCGUCAGCAACAGCCCCCGCAGGCUGUUCCUGCGUCAGCAACAGUCCCCGCAGGCUGUUCCUGCGUCAGCAACAGCCCCCGCAGGCUGUUCCUGCGUCAGCAACAGCCCCCGCAGGCUGUUCCUGCGUCAGCAACAGCCCCCGCAGGCUGUUCCUGCGUCAGCAACAGCCCCCGCAGGCUGUUCCUGCGUCAGCAACAGCAACCCCGCAGGCUGUUCCUGCGUCAGCAACAGCCCCCGCAGGCUGUUCCUGCGUCAGCAACAGCCCCCGCAGGCUGUUCCUGCGUCAGCAACAGCCCCCGCAGGCUGUUCCUGCGUCAGCAACAGCCCCCGCAGGCUGUUCCUGCGUCAGCAACAGCCCCCGCAGGCUGUUCCUGCGUCAGCAACAGCCCCCGCAGGCUGUUCCUGCGUCAGCAACCCCGCAGGCUGUUCCUGCGUCAGCAACAGCCCCCGCAGGCUGUUCCUGCGUCAGCAACAGCCCCCGCAGGCUGUUCCUGCGUCAGCAACAGCCCCCGCAGGCUGUUCCUGCGUCAGCAACAGCCCCCGCAGGCUGUUCCUGCGUCAGCAACAGCCCCCGCAGGCUGUUCCUGCGUCAGCAACAGCCCCCGCAGGCUGUUCCUGCGUCAGCAACAGCCCCCGCAGGCUGUUCCUGCGUCAGCAAACAGCCCCCGCAGGCUGUUCCUGCGUCAGCAACAGCCCCCGCAGGCUGUUCCUGCGUCAGCAACAGCCCCCGCAGGCUGUUCCUGCGUCAGCAACAGCCCCCGCAGGCUGUUCCUGCGUCAGCAACAGCCCCCGCAGGCUGUUCCUGCGUCAGCAACAGUCCCCGCAGGCUGUUCCUGCGUCAGCAACAGCCCCCGCAGGCUGUUCCUGCGUCAGCAACAGCCCCCGCAGGCUGUUCCUGCGUCAGCAACAGCCCCCGCAGGCUGUUCCUGCGUCAGCAACAGCCCCCGCAGGCUGUUCCUGCGUCAGCAACAGCCCCCGCAGGCUGUUCCUGCGUCAGCAACAGCCCCCGCAGGCUGUUCCUGCGUCAGCAACAGCCCCCGCAGGCUGUUCCUGCGUCAGCAACAACAGCAACCCCCGCAGGCUGUUCCUGCGUCAGCAACAGCCCCCGCAGGCUGUUCCUGCGUCAGCAACAGCCCCCGCAGGCUGUUCCUGCGUCAGCAACAGCCCCCGCAGGCUGUUCCUGCGUCAGCAACAGCCCCCGCAGGCUGUUCCUGCGUCAGCAACAGCCCCCGCAGGCUGUUCCUGCGUCAGCAACAGCCCCCGCAGGCUGUUCCUGCGUCAGCAACAGCCCCCGCAGGCUGUUCCUGCGUCAGCAACAGCCCCCCGCAGGCUGUUCCUGCGUCAGCAACAGUCCCCGCAGGCUGUUCCUGCGUCAGCAACAGUCCCCGCAGGCUGUUCCUGCGUCAGCAACAGCCCCCGCAGCCUGUUCCUGCGUCAGCAACAGCCCCCGCAGGCUGUUCCUGCGUCAGCAACAGUCCCCACAGGCUGUUCCUGCGUCAGCAACAGCCCCCGCAGGCUGUUCCUGCGUCAGCAACAGUCCCCGCAGGCUGUUCCUGCGUCAGCAACAGUCCCCGCAGGCUGUUCCUGCGUCAGCAACAGUCCCCGCACAACAACUAGCGGUGGUGACCGUCCAGCUGUGACGUGGUCACGUGUUGGGACGGGUCUCCACACUACGUGCUCAAUGUUAGUCAACUUGUGUGAGGCUCCUGAAUGUAAGGAAGUACUCGUGCCCUGUACGGGUGGUCCACAAGUACCAGACACCCAAGACUCAACACCAGACACCCAAGUCUCAACACCAGACACCCCAAGACUCAGUACCAGACACCCAAGACUCAGUACCAGACACCCAAGACUCAGUACCAGACACCCAAGACUCAACACCAGACACCCAAGUCUCAGCACCAGACACCCAAGUCUCAACACCAGACACCCAAGACUCAGCACCAGACACCCAAGUCUCAACACCAGACAACCCAAGACUCAGCACCAGACACCCAAGACUCAGCACCAGACACCCAAGUCUCAACACCAGACACCCAAGACUCAGUACCAGACACCCAAGACUCAACACCAGACACCCAAGACUCACCACCAGACACCCAAGACUCAGCACCAGACACCCAAGACUCACCACCAGACACCCAAGACUCAGCACCAGACACCCAAGACUCACCACCAGACACCCAAGACUCACCACCAGACACCCAAGACUCAGCACCAGACACCCAAGACUCACCACCAGACACCCAAGACUCACCACCAGACACCCAAGACUCACCACCAGACACCCAAGACUCAGCACCAGACACCCAAGACCUCACCACCAGACACCCAAGACUCAGCACCAGACACCCAAGACUCAGCACCAGACACCCAAGACUCACCACCAGACACCCAAGACUCACCACCAGACACCCAAGACUCACCACCAGACACCCAAGACUCAGCACCAGACACCCAAGACUCACCACCAGACACCCAAGACUCAGCACCAGACACCCAAGACUCAGCACCGACCUUCUCAUCCGCCAACUAA